GGCUCCCCGCCCCCACCCUCCGGUCCAAGGCUCGGAAGAGAUGACCGGAGCUUUCGGUUUGGUCAAAGCUCGCGCUCCUCUGAGACUCGUAUCCGCUUGGCUGUCUUCUUUCUUUCACUUUGUGUUCCGAAGCUGGCUGUCCCUCCGUAGCCCUGUCGCCUGGAAUUCACCAUGGAGCCCCCAAACUGGCAGCAAUCCUCCUGCAGCCUCCCCAGGAGCCGCAGGGGUUAUGGUCAUGGCGCCUCCAAGUGAGGAGACACCUCUGAUCCCGCAGCGCUCAUGCAGCCUCUCAUCCGCGGAGGCGGGAUCCCUGCACGUCCUCCUCCCUCCCCGGGGAUCCGGGCCUCCCCAGCGACUGUCAUUCUCUUUUGGGGACUACCUGGCAGAGGAUCUGUGUGUGCAGGCGGCCAAGGCCUGUGGCAUCCUGCCUGUUUAUCACUCGCUCUUCGCUCUGGCCACCGAGGACUUGUCUUGCUGGUUCUCUCCAAGCCACAUCUUCUCCGUGGAGGACGUGGACACCCAAGUCUUGGUCUACAGGCUCCGCUUCUAUUUCCCUGGCUGGUUUGGGCUGGAGACAUGUCACCGCUUUGGGCUGCGCAAAGAUCUGACCAGCGCCAUCCUCGACUUGCACGUUUUAGAACACCUCUUUGCGCAGCACCGCAGCGACCUGGUGAGCGGGCGCCUCCCCGUGGGCCUCAGCCUGAAGGAGCAGGGGGAGUGCCUGAGCCUGGCCGUGCUGGACCUGGCCCAGAUGGCCCGGGAGCAGGCCCAGCGGCCCGGCGAACUGCUCAAGACCGUCAGCUACAAGGCCUGCCUGCCGCCCGGCCUGCGCGACCUGAUCCAGGGGCUGAGCUUCGUGACGCGCAGGCGCAUCCGCAGGACCGUGCUCCAGGCGCUGCGCCGCGUGGUGGCCUGCCAGGCCGACCGCUACUCGCUCAUGGCCAAGUACAUCCUGGACCUGGAGCGGCUGCACCCCGCGGCCGCCGCCGAGACCUUCCGCGUGGGGCUCCCCGGUGCCCAGGAGGGGCCGGGGCUCCUGCGCGUGGAGGGCGGCAGCGGCGUCGCCUGGAGCCCCGGGGACCAAGAGCUCUUCCAGACCUUCUGUGACUUUCCCGAGAUCGUGGACGUCAGCAUCAAGCAGGCCCCGCGCGUGGGCCCGGCCGGGGAGCAGCGUCUGGUCACCAUCACCAGGAUGGACGGCCACGUCCUGGAAGCGGAGUUCGCGGGACUGCCCGAGGCGCUGUCCUUCGUGGCCCUCGUCGACGGCUACUUCCGGCUGACCUGCGACUCCAGGCAUUUCUUCUGCAAGGAGGUGGCGCCGCCAAGGCUGCUGGAGGAAGUGGCAGAGCUGUGCCACGGGCCCAUCACGCUAGACUUUGCGGUCCACAAGCUGAAGGCCGCCGGCUCCCUCCCGGGCUCCUACAUUCUCCGCCGCAGCCCUCAGGACUACGACAGCUUUCUUCUCACGGCCUGCGUGCAGACGCCGCUCGGCCCGGACUACAAGGGCUGCCUCAUCCGCCGGGACCCCGCGGGCGCCUUCUCCCUGGCCGGGCUCAGCCAGCCGCACCGGAGCCUGCGGGAGCUCCUGGCCGCCUGCUGGCGCUCCGGGCUGCAGGUGGACGGUGCGGCCCUGAACCUCACCUCCUGCUGCGCCCCCCGGCCCAAGGAAAAGUCCAAUUUGAUCGUGGUGAGAACGAGCUGCACCCCUGCCCCGGCCCCCGGCCGCGCCCCGUCCUGCUGCGCGCUAACGCAGCUGAGCUUCCACACAAUCCCUGCGGACAGCCUGGAGUGGCACGAGAACUUGGGCCACGGCUCCUUCACCAAGAUCUACCGGGGUCGCCGGCGCGAGACCGUGGACGGGGAGACGCACGACACGGAAGUCCUCCUGAAGGUCAUGGACGCCAGGCACCGGAACUGCAUGGAGUCCUUUCUGGAGGCCGCGAGCUUGAUGAGCCAAGUGUCCUACCCACACCUGGUGCUGCUGCAUGGCGUCUGCAUGGCUGGAGACAGCAUCAUGGUGCAGGAGUUUGUCUACCUGGGCGCCAUCGACACGUACCUGCGCAAGCGCGGGCCCCUGGUGCUGGCCGGCUGGAAGCUGCAGGUGAUCAAGCAGCUGGCCUACGCGCUCAGCUACCUGGAGGACAAAGGCCUCCCUCACGGCAACGUCUCGGCGCGGAAGGUGCUCCUGGCCCGCGAGGGGGCUGACGGGAGCCCCCCCUUCAUCAAGCUGAGCGACCCCGGUGUCAGCCCCGCGGUGCUGAGCCUGGAGAUGCUCACCGACAGGAUCCCCUGGGUGGCCCCCGAGUGUCUGCAGGAAGCCCGGGCGCUCGGCCUGGAGGCCGACAAGUGGGGCUUCGGCGCCACGGCGUGGGAGGUGUUCAGCGGGGCACCGGUGCACAUCACCUCGCUGGAGCCCGCCAAGGUGGGGUGGGGAAGCCGGGGCAGGGGAGCCGCUGUCAACCGUGGCCGUGCCCACGGGCUGGUGUGCACAGGGGACGGUGUUCGGGUGCGGUUCACAGCGAGUCUCCUCGGGCUGAGGCAGACAAAGACACCACUUGCACAUGUGACCCCAGAUUAUGAGCUCCUCUCGGACCCGACGCCGGGCAGCCUGAGUCCCCGAGAGGAGCUGUGCAGUGGCGCCCAGCUGCACGCCUGCCAGGACCCCACCAUCUUCGAGGAGAGGCACCUGAAGUACAUCUCGCUGCUGGGCAAGGGCAACUUCGGCAGUGUGGAGCUGUGCCGCUACGACCCCCUGGGGGACAAUACAGGACCCCUGGUGGCAGUGAAGCAGCUCCAGCACAGUGGGCCAGACCAGCAGAGGGACUUCCAGCGCGAGAUUCAGAUCCUCAAGGCGCUGCACAGUGACUUCAUCGUCAAGUACCGGGGAGUUAGCUACGGGCCGGGUCGCCAGAGCCUGCGGCUGGUGAUGGAGUACCUGCCCAGCGGCUGCCUGCGGGACUUCCUGCAGCGCCACCGCGCGCGCCUGCACACCGGCCGCCUGCUGCUGUUCGCCUGGCAGAUCUGCAAGGGCAUGGAGUACCUGGGCGCGCGCCGCUGCGUGCACCGCGACCUGGCUGCGCGAAACAUCCUGGUGGAGAGCGAGGCGCACGUGAAGAUCGCGGACUUCGGCCUCGCCAAGCUGCUGCCGCUCGGGAAGGACUACUACGUGGUCCGCGAGCCGGGCCAGAGCCCCAUCUUCUGGUACGCCCCGGAAUCCCUGUCGGACAACAUCUUCUCCCGGCAGUCUGACGUAUGGAGCUUCGGCGUGGUGCUGUACGAGCUCUUCACCUACAGCGACAAGAGCUGCAGCCCGUCAGCCGAGUUCCUGCGCAUGAUGGGGCCGGAGCGCGAAGGGCCAGCCCUCUGCCGCCUUCUGGAGCUGCUGGCCGAGGGCCGCCGCCUCCCGCCACCUCCCUCCUGCCCCAUCGAGGUUCAGGAGCUCAUGCAGCUGUGCUGGGCGCCCAGCCCGCAGGAGCGGCCGGCCUUCAGCGCCCUGAGCCCACAGCUGGACGCGCUGUGGCGUGGAAACCCGGGAUAGACGUCAGGGAGGGGACCUUAAAGAUGUGACCCCGGGCUCUGCGCAGCCGCCGCCUCUGGAAAUGCUUGCCUGGCGCAGCCGCCUGCCCCCCGCAGAAGUCCCUGACACCGGGUCCCGACACCGCUCCACCCCGGCCACCCUUACUCUUGAAACUGACAGUGUCUGUCCAGUCCCCAUCUCCGCCGCCCCGGGGGCUCCUUGGGGCAGUGACACCUCAGCCCAGCCUCCUUACAGGUUGGCUCUGGGAGUGUUUGUUGAGUGAAUAAAUGAAUUCAAUAGAAAA